CGCAUUUCACUCAAAAGUAAAGCAGAGAAGAACCACUUCGGGCGAUCGUCAUCGAUCCACCGUUGGAUCUCUCACGAUGUCACUCUCCCGACUACACAAAUUCAAGCUCUUCGCGGCAAAUCGCACCUUAGAAGCCUCCGCAGCCAGUAACCCCUCGAUGAGUCCGACGAAGAGUCCCGUUUUCCAUCUCCAGCGACGCAAAACCCUGCGCAUGUUAUUCGACAAGAGCUCCGACGGUCGCAGACGGAAUCUCCGUCAGAUCCUCGAAGAAUCUCCGGAGCUUGAUGGAAACUCCGGGAAGAAGAAGAGGGGAAACCACCGUGCGAGGCGUAAGUUGAAAGAGCUGAUGGUCACGUCGCCGUCACCGCCGUUUAGUGGUGGGGAAGAGAUUGGUGACGGUGGAGAAGUGAGGAGUGGGGUUUCGUCGGUUACUGGCGGCGACGUUAGUUCUAACGGUGACGGGAGAGAGUUAAUGACUCGACGGUUCGGUUCUUCCGGUCCGGUUCAAUCGUUUCGGUUAAGGAUUUUGAGAAAAGCUUGGCGACCAGUCCUGGUUUCUAUUCCUGAACAAUGAAUAAAGUUUAAUUUUCUUAAUUAAAAGGCAUUAGAAAAAUAUGACUUUUUCUGUGUUUUGCUUUUUUUUUAAAUAGCUUUAUUUUAUUACAAACAUAUAAAAUGUUUAUGAUGAGGUGUUAUAGUUAAAAUAUUUUCCAUUACGAGUGUAAGAUUUGGAUGCUAUGAUGUAAUCUACUAUUGAAUUAUCUUAACAUGGAGAGAUU